UCCACAUAUACGAGCCAUGGAACGCGCCCCUCUGCGGGAUCUCCCACUCGAACCCUUCGUUGAACCAACCAUUGAGGGCUUCUCAACUCAACUGGACGACCCCAAACUCCGUCUAUCCAUCAAACGUCCCCUCUCCCCAGAUGGAAUGAAGUUCAGCCCAGACAAACGUCGAAUUCUCGCUCAAGCUGGAGUCAUGGUCACCCCGAAGUCCAAGAAGAGUUCGUUCGGCCACCCAAGUUCGUCGACGCGACAUACCGGCACGUACAGCGUCAGGCAUACGCCCUUCCUGGCUAGCCUCGAUCGCAGCCGUGGGUCGACUAGCAACGUUGCCCGUAAACUCGAUUUUGGAGUUGCGCCCUCUAUCGCCACCGUUCUCAACAGCGAUAUGAACAAUCAAGCGAAAGACGACACUUUUACGGCAUGCUCCACUCCCGUGUCUCCAGUCGCCACUUCGCCCUCACGACCCUCCAUUUCUGCGCCCGUACCCAAAAUGACGCGCAGCCCUGGUCGUAUGUCGUUCAGGCCUCGCUCCAGCUCCUCUUCGUCUUUCGUGUUUCCGUCGAGCGCUUUGCCCGUCGCGGUCCCCGUCUUUGUCGACGUGGAAGCAGCCGUCGCAUCCAUGAAACUCAACGAUGACGAUGAGGACUUUGACGCCCUGGCCAAUUUCUCUACGGUUCCCAGAGAGCUUCCGCCUCCACCGGAUCGCUCGUCCAUUCACUAUCCUGGCUUCGACAUCUACUGCGACCCUCAUCUUUACGUUGAGCGCCCUCGUGGCGUGUCGUCCUUAGCGUCAAAGGCCGAAACAAUUCUGAACGAUGCAGACGCCGACAAGGAGAACACGGAGGUUACACCCAGGCUGCAGAUCAAGAGAUCAGUCCCUCGAUCUCCUGUCAAGCCCACCCGCGCCGAAGACGCGAUCACAGAAGCCAUCAAACAACCCGUCUUUGCGGCGGCCCCGCCAUCCCCCUCCAAGCCCAAGACUGCUCGACUCAUGGAUGUCGACGCGGAAAGCAUCAAGAAACCUGUGUUCGCAGUCAAGUCGAUGCUUCCAGUACCUCCGACGCCCCGCAAAGGUCUCAGCACCAAUGCGAACACGAUCCUGCAGAGAACGCCUACUAGGCCCUCGCCAAAGCUGGAUGGCUCCAAGGGCAGUCCUUCGCGGUCGACGACUAAGCGGCUCAAUGUUCCAUCUGAUGACGGAGAGAACGAUUGGCUGCCGGAGCCCAUCAAGAAGCGCCGCCGCCGGGCGGUGUCGGUGUCGGAUGAGAUGAACGUGGAUUGAGGGAGAGGUUGAGAGGGGGGAGUCGUCGAUGCGGGAUUUGGUGCGAGCAUCCAGCGCGGGCUUGGUAGCGUCGAAGGGCGCCAUGGAAGGCCGGAAGACAGUCGCCGGAAGCCUGAUCUAGGAGAGGUCUGGUUGAUUGAUGCCGUCGUUCAGUCAACUAGCUUUUUCGGAUAGGCGACGGCGGCUCUUCGAGCCACCCUGCGUUGUAUAUUUAUGGGUUCAUGGUCGGGAUCGACUGAAGACAUUGUCAUGCGUAAUUCUCUAUGUUAUCUUUCAUCCCCGUCAUCCAAUUACUGCCCGUCUUUUCUUGUUCUUGUGCCAAUCAGUCAGCUACAAGCUUCUCUGCUUUCGAUGCUACGCUUUUUGGUUAUCCUAUCUCUUCGGUUUUCGAUCAUGGUCAGCUUUCAGGUUCAUUACCCCAUCUUGGUCUCCCGAUCCCCAAUCAUCGUCUACUCUUCCAUUCUAUUACCCUGUUUCCGCUCGCACACAAACCACCGGUCAGCUUCGCACUCAUACACAUCCUUAUUUUACACGGCAAGGACUUUCCAUCCAUCCAUCCCAUCCCAACUCAUCCCAUCCCAAUCCAUUCCCAAAACUAGUUGCACACAUCCCAUCCCCAGCCCCGCUUUGCCGCGCCUCGUCAUUCAUCCAUUGUUCCGCUAUACAACCCCAAAUGUCUCGAUGUUUUCUAUUUCUCCUUUCAAAGUUAUCUUUCAACUCGUAAACACCAUCGUCAUGAUCAUAACGCUUUCAACCCUCUUCUACAUCUUCAUUUCGCUGUUACAAACUUUCCUUCUCUUUCUAAAGAAAUCCAUAGUAAACCCACGAUGCAAAACCUUCUUUAACCAACGCUCUGUCAAACUGUUUUCUUUUUCUUUACUUCUGACAGCUUUUGCCUUGCCUGUCUGCCGUGUUGUUCCCUUUCCUGCUGGCUAGGGUCGUAUACGUUAGGUAUACCCUCCUCAGCCAUACUGUACAAACUUGUACCCCC